AUGAUCGAGACCCUUAUCAGCAUAGUGUUCUGCCUGUCUAGCGCCAUCACUGUGUUGAUUUUGUUACUCCCUUCGCAAUAUCAGCCAAAACAAGCAGGACCUCCUCUAAGGUCCCCUGAGACAAAAAGUCGCAAGGCAUAUGUUCAAAUCCUUGUUCUUGGCGAUAUUGGCCGAAGCCCGCGCAUGCAGUAUCAUGCAUUGAGUAUUGCGAAACAUGGCGGGGAAGUGGUAAUUAUUGGGUAUAAUGAAUCUGAUCCUCACCCUGAUAUCAUGUCAAACCCCAACAUCUCGAUUGUUCCGCUUCGCCCGCACCCCGCUUUCCUACAUACUAGUAACAAGCUGCUGUUUACAAUUUAUGGCCCCUUAAAGGUGUUAUUCCAGAUUGCUUGUCUCUGGAAGUCCCUUGCAUAUACUACAAAGCCGUCCCAGUGGCUUUUGGUUCAGUACUGA